UACACAAUAUGUGGGAAGACGUCAAAAUUGUUCAUGGUAAACCAAGGCACAGUCAGAGCCAAGGUUCUGUGGAACGAGCAAAUAGAGAUGUAGAGGAUAUGUUGGCUACGUGGAUGGCAGAAAACAAUAGUACGGAUUGGCCCUCUGGUUUGAAAUUUAUUCAGUUUCAGAAAAACCGAGCUCUUCAUUCAGGUAUUGGAAGAUCUCCUUAUGAAGCCAUGUUUGGCUGUACUGCCAGAACAGGACUAUUAUCGAUCGGUCUACCAAAUGAUGAAAUAAAUUCAUUAAAAACAGAAGAAGAUAUAGAAAAAUUGUUUAAUCGAAUGCAAGAAAUUGGAUUACAUGAUUCAAAACAAAAUAUUGAAGAAGUUAUUUCACCAAUUUCAGAACAGCAAGAAAAUAAGAUAGAUACAGAUACGAACCUAAGAAAAUGUGAAACAUGUUUUAUUUUCCUGGAAGCUGACAAUGAAAGUACAAAAUGCAUGCAUUGCCAACGUCAUGAGAAAAUACAGAAUGAACGACAUAAAUCAAGUGAAUGCUUAAAGAAACAAGCCAAAAAAAUGAUGACUAUUUCAAAUAAGAAAUUUAGUCCACUAGAAGUUGGUACCACAGUUAAAGUUGGAAUACCUGAUGUUGAUCGAGCACGUGGAUCACCACGAAACCUAUUAGCAGUUAUUACCCAGGUUGAAGAUGAUUUAUAUAAAUUAGGUACAGAGAACGGCAUAAUUAAACAUUUGUAUACUCGAUCGCAGAUCGAUCCCUGCAAAGAAUGUUUUGUUGAUUUGGUAUCUGUAAAUACCGAAAAAGAAAUUACGCUUAGAGAAGCUGCAGGUUUUAGUAGUGUCACUGGACCACAAGGUUACAGAAGGUGUAAUUGCAAACUAAAGUGCAGAACAAACAAAUGCAUUUGUCGAUUAGCGGGAAUAUUGUGCAAUUCAAAAUGUCACAACAGCAUGCCUUGCGAAAAUAAAUAAUAAAUAUAAUAUAUAAUUAAUAAUAAAAAAAAUUAUAAGAUAAAUAUUAAUAACUGUAGUCUGUAAUUAAUUAAAUUAAUGUGUAUUUUCAGUAAUUUACGUAAUUUACCAACAGUCAAUGGUUAAUAACGUUAAUAUUCGGUCAUUGAGGUAAAAUUGUUUUAUUUUGUUUUGUAAUUUACAACAAUAGUCUAUUAUCUUGGAAACUGACGUUAUUGCCCGGUAGUUUACGAAAAUAACCUAGCAACUUGGCUUCUAACGUUAAUGACCGGUUAAUAACGUAAAUGUUCAGUUUUCAUCAUUGACCGUAACAUAUAUACUAUAUACCAACUGCCUCACUCAAAUAUUUUAUAUCAACUUUCAGUUUUUACUGUAACAACAACUAUAAGAAUUUACAAGAGUACCUACCUACUCAACAACUUAAAUAAGAUUAUUUAAUAAAAAUCCAUUCCCCUUCCUCCAACUUAAACUCAUCGAAUUAAUUAUGUUUGAUUUUAUUAUAAUAAAAUUGCACUACACAUUUAAUAACAAUCAAAAAGUGUAAAUAUAAAACUAGAACAAGUCCCCAAUUAAGGCUGUUGUAUGAUUGAUGACAAAAAACAAGUAUAGUAUUGCUUUGUUCAAUGAUGAUUUGUAGUCAUUCAAAAUUUACUAUUUAGUUUAUACUCCUUAAUGUAUUUUAACAAUAUUAUUAACAUUUUGAAAACUUGAUUUUUAAUACUUAAAAAUGAAAUUAAAAUUUCUAUUAAAUUACAUCUUACAAUAAUUACAUUAACUAACUUCUACUUUGCUAGCAUUGUAAAAAUUGAAUUACUAAUUUAAUGAAAAUGGUCGUCUAAAAAAUAUAUCAUAUAAUCAGUAGUGUAAUGGUUCAAAAUAUUGCCAUUGUGAAAACAAAUAUUAUGUCGCAAUGUCCCCCGAUAAUAAUUAUAUUAUUUUUUGCUCAAUAAAAAUAAAGAACAACCAAUAUACAAUAUUAAUUUAUUAAAUUCUCAAUUCUCUAAUAGUCAUUAAUAUUUCAUAUUUCAAAGCACAGAGAUUAAUUGUAUGCAUAAUGCAUACAAUGUUAAGUUGUAUACAUUUUAUUACCAUUGAACAACACAUACAAAAUAAUUCCUAUGUGGGCUGUUCAAUGUUCUAUUUCCAACGUUGUUCAAUAAUAUAUACUAAUUUGCAUUGAAAAGGAUGUCAAGUGCAAUAAUUUUUAAUGUGGUUUGAUGUAAGCAAUUUAACAAAAUUGUAACAUUAAAAUGUUUGUAAAUAGUUAUCACUAUUUUUAAGUAAUUUAGAAAAGAUUCCAUAUUUGCACACUAAUUGAUAAAAACAGUCACUGAAAAUGGUCAAACAUUAUUCUAGAAUGAUUUUAGGGCAACAAUUUCUUUUAUAAAAAUACUGUAGACAACAAUAUUAAUAUUAUUUAGGACUUGACUUCUCAAUUUUUCAAGUAGGAAUAUUCCUUUUCAGGAUAGAAGAAAUUUAAUUGUUUGUUAAAUAGCCACCACUGUUGUUUUUCCACAUACACUUUGGAGAAACACAUAUUUCUUUAGGUAAGUAUCUUUGAUCCUAAUUCUUAAGUGUCUUUUAGAUAUUUUUGCUGAGUAACCACCAAUAUGUUUAGCCUAAGGGAUUAGGUUCUUGUUUUAAAAUAAAACUAAGUUUAUGCAAAAUUAAACUCAUUUGAUGUGAGUCACAUUGCAUUGUGAUUCUGAUACUAGGUUUUAAUGUACUACAAUAUUUGUGCACUGACAUCCUCUUAAUAACUGAUUAUACACAUCGUAAUGAUUUAAUACAAAUUUAAAAGUUAACUUAUUAAAAUAUAUUAUAAUAUAUUUCUAAAAGUAAUUACAUAAUUUACAAACAUAUUGUUAAUAUUUUAAUUGGUAAGACUAAGGAUUUAGAAAUUAAUCUAAAUCGAAAAAGGGUUGGGUGAUGAAACAGCUGUCAUUUGAUUUCAUUUUGAAUUUGUUGCCACUUCUGUACAAG